UGCUGAGGCGUAAGUACAUCUCCGUGUUUCAGAUGCCCGGCGGUGGUGUUACGGUAAAAGACGUCAACCAGCAGGAGUUUGUCCGUGCGCUGGCAGCCUUCCUGAAAAAGUCAGGGAAACUGAAGGUGCCAGACUGGGUGGACAUUGUUAAGCUGGCUAAGCACAAGGAGCUGGCCCCAUGUGAUGACAACUGGUUCUACAUCAGAGCUGCCUCCACGGUUCGUCACCUGUACCUGCGCGGGGGUGUGGGCGUGGGGUCCAUGAUCAAGAUCUACGGUGGGCGAAAGAGGAACGGCGUGUGUCCCUCACACUUCAGCGUGGCCUCCAAGAACGUGGCGCGUAAGGUGCUCCAGGCCCUGGAGGCCCUGAAGAUGGUGGAAAAGGACCCCAAUGGUGGCCGCAGACUGACUCCACAGGGUACCAGGGACCUGGAUAGAAUUGCUGGCCAGGUUGCGGCUGCAAGCAAGAAGUCCUGAAAUGUGUAAUAAACUCUGAGAAAGUCA